AUGGAGAUGGCGGCGGCGGCGGCGCCGUGCCCGGGGGAGCCGGAGCGCCUGGACUUCCUGCGGGAGCGGCACGUGCGCUUCUUCCAGCGGUGCCUCCAGAUCCUGCCCGAGCGCUACUCGUCCCUGGAGACCAGCAGGUUGACAAUUGCAUUUUUCGCUCUCUCUGGUCUGGAUAUGUUGGAUUCCUUAGAUGUGGUGAACAAAGAUGAUAUAAUAGAAUGGAUUUAUUCCCUGCAGGUCCUUCCCACAGAAGACAGAUCAAACAUGAAUCGUUGUGGAUUCAGAGGCUCUUCAUAUUUAGGGAUGCCAUUCAAUCCCUCCAAGGGUCCAGGUAUAUCACAUCCAUAUGAUAGUGGGCACAUAGCAAUGACUUACACAGGACUAUCAUGUCUGAUAAUUCUUGGAGAUGAUUUAAGUCGAGUAAAUAAAGAUGCCAUACUGGCAGGACUGAGAGCUCUCCAGCUGGAGGAUGGAAGUUUCUGUGCAGUGCUGGAAGGAAGUGAGAAUGAUAUGAGGUUUGUGUACUGUGCUUCCUGCAUCUGCUACAUGCUCGAUAACUGGUCAGGCAUGGAUAUGAAGAAAGCAAUAGACUACAUUAGRAGAAGUAUGUCUUACGAUAAUGGCCUGGCACAGGGAGCUGGACUGGAAUCUCACGGUGGCUCUACAUUUUGUGGUAUUGCAUCACUAUGUUUGAUGGGCAAACUGGAGGAAGUUUUUUCAGAGAAAGAACUGAACAGAAUAAGAAGAUGGUGUAUAAUGAGACAACAGAAUGGCUACCAUGGACGACCCAACAAACCUGUAGACACUUGCUAUUCCUUUUGGGUGGGAGCAACAUUGAAGCUCUUGAACAUAUUCCAAUAUACRAAUUUUGAGAAAAACCGAAAUUACAUCCUAUCGACUCAAGAUCGCCUUGUUGGUGGAUUUGCCAAGUGGCCAGAUAGCCAUCCAGAUGCUUUACAUGCCUAUUUUGGGAUCUGUGGUUUGUCAUUAAUUGGAGAGCCUGGUAUUUGCAAAGUACAUCCYGCCCUGAAUGUAAGCACAAGAGCAUCAGACCGUCUUCACCACCUUCAUCAGAUGUGGAAAACGGACUUUAAACAGUGUUCAGACGACACACACAUCUCUACAUGACUAAUUCARACUUGAAUUUAGUUCUGGUAGCAUAAUUGUAGCCCAGGGUUAAAAGCCAUGUAUAACCAAUGUGCUCUUUUAAGUGCUGGAGUCAUACAAUCAGAUCUGUGUUGCUGGCAUCACUUUGAUAGGGAGUUGCCUUCAGCAGGUUAUUCUGCAUUGUGAAAAGGGAAGUAUUUUGAUUAUAUAGAAGUUUGUCACCGCAGACUGUAAAUGGCUUUUCAGAUGGCUUUACUUCUAAGAAAUCCCUUGAGGCAUAUAAACUUCAUCUUAAUUUUAUUUUUUUAAAUUUGUGCAUACUGUGUCAAAAUACAUAAUGGGGAAGUAUUUUCAAAAUUGUUUACAUAUCAUACAGUAUAGCACAGAACRUUGGAGUUCUUUAUAAUCUUAAUGUUUGACAUAUUUUUGGGUAGAGAAUCUCCCGUAUUAAGUCUCAGUUAARAGUUACCUAUUAUUAUCAACUUUCAGAUUCCAUAAUCUUUGUUUUCAAAAACAAAUUAAUUAAAUACAAAUAAAAUUAUUUUAUUCAAUAUACUGGACUUUUAAAGUUGUGUGGCCUUACUAAAUGRAUUUGAUAAUUCUUCUGAGUAGGCUUUACACAGAUGCAGUGGAUUGAUAGCCAGAUAAAGAGUUUUCAUCUGAAAUAGUUUCUUCAUGUGAAAUUCACUAA